CAUCAAUAAUAAAAAAAAGCAUAACACUCAUCCGCCACAAGAAUGAUGAUGAUAGUUUCAAAAUCCUCCUCAGCGGCGGUUGUGGAGGCUCCUCCUGAGGGAUCUAUCAAUUUAAUACCAUUUUCCGGCAACCCGUUUCAAGAAUAUAUGGUGACUAAAGCAAAGCAAGUGAAUAAAGCAUUAGACAAUGCAGUUCCACUUCGACAUCCUCUAAAAAUCCAUUGCGCCAUGAGAUACUCUCUUCUCGCCGGCGGCAAACGUAUCCGCCCAGUUUUAUGCAUAGCUGCAUGUGAAUUAUUCGGCGGAGAUGAAUCCACCGCCAUGCCAGCUGCAUGUGCUAUAGAAAUGAUCCAUACUAUGUCACUUAUCCACGACGAUCUUCCUUGCAUGGAUAACGACGAUCUCCGACGUGGAAAACCUACUAAUCACAAAGUCUUCGGCGAAGAAACAGCGAUUCUAGCCGGCGACGCCCUUCUCUCGUUUUCCUUCGAACAUGUAGCCAGGGCCACCAAGGACGUGUCACCUGAAAAUAUCGUUCGAGUCAUAGGUGAGCUUGGUUCGGCGGUUGGAUCAGAAGGGUUAGUCGCUGGGCAAAUAGUUGACAUCGACAGUGAAGGCAAAGAUAUUAGCGUUAAAGAGUUAGAGUAUAUUCAUAUUCAUAAGACGGCAAAGCUUUUAGAAGCGGCGGUGGUUUGCGGUGCAAUUCUAGGCGGAGCUGACGAUGAGAGUGUUGAACGAGGAAGAAGAUAUGCAAGGUGCAUUGGAUUGUUGUUUCAAGUUGUUGAUGAUAUUUUAGAUGUUACUAAGUCAUCGGAGGAGCUCGGGAAAACGGCCGGAAAAGAUUUGAUUACCGAUAAGGCUACGUAUCCGAAAUUGAUGGGAAUUGAUGAGGCUAGAAAACUUGCUGAUAAAUUGGUUCAUCAAGCUAAUCAAGAACUUGCUUAUUUUGAUUCUGCUAAAGCUGCCCCGUUAUACCAUUUUGCUAAUUAUAUUGCUAAUCGACAAAACUAAAAAAAAAAUUUGGUAAUUUUUAUUAAUUAACAAUUUGUUGUACCAAAUUCUCAGUUUAUCUGUUGUUUUAAUAAUUUAAUUCUAAAAAAAGAUAUAAAUACUGUGUAAUUCUUAAUGAUUUGGGGUUUAUAAAUUGGAAUGUUGUUUUGAGUAACAAAUUAAAUCAUGUAGGUAGUGCUUGCUCAAUCACCUGGGAAGCAAUUUUCAACGCAACAGGUUUGCAGCAAAAUGAGCUAUGCUUUUU